UUCAAUAUCAUCAAAAGCGCCGGUCAAAAUGCUCCUCGCUUGGCAAGACUCGCAUUGCCGAACAAGAGGAUCGUCGCAACACCGCAUUACCUCGCCAACACUGCACGUGGCGUUGUACCGCAUAUCUCCCAGGACACCUUCACCCGAGAUACCGACAUCAGUGCCGUCUACGUAGCACUCGAAGAUUUCAUUGAGAAGAUACCCCAAGCCACUCCACCGAUAUACAAAUUUCAAGCACUCCAUGGCGAAUCCUCACCAUUACGGCGCUUUAUUGCGCUACCUCAAGAUCCCAUACUGAUUCUUGGAGCGAGACGAGCGGCACCGGUAGUCGCACCCGAUGCGACUUCCAAUACGAAUUCUGCAGUAGCUGUGUGCACGUCUGUAGGCUUCAGGUAUCUUGAUGCCGAUAGCUAUGCCGAAGAGACAGAGAGGCUGAGGCCCGAUAUUCUGGUCGCUUCAGGAGACAUACCGUAUGGGAAAGCUUUGGGGAAUAAGAGGAUCGAGAAGGCUACGGAUCGGAAUAUACAAUGGCUGGACAAUCACAUUUCAAUACGAAAUGCCAUGCCCAAACCGCCGCAAACAAAGCUGUUCGCUUCAUUGCUACCUGUAACGUGCGCGAAACAGCGGUAUUUCGUGGACGAGGUUGCUGCAAGAUUUGCGGAACAACACAUUUCGGGGCUAUCAAUCUACAGUCUGGAUUCCUUAGAAGAUCUUCCGAAAGAGUUGGAUUUCUUGCCUAGGCUAGGUUUCACGGAGCCCAAGACACCACAUCACAUCCUCUACCAGGUCCGUCGCGGUCUGGAUGUCCUCGUAAUACCCUUCGUUGGCGCAGCCACAGACGCUGGAAUAGCGCUAGAUUUCGAAUUCGGCAGCCGAACUACGUCCAUUGUCAAUGGCGAUGAGACAGCAGAUCCUCUUCCGCUAGGCAUCGACAUGUGGCCGGCAACUCACGCUACCAACCUUUCCCCAUUGACGCGUGCUUGCUCCUGCUACGCCUGCACAAAUCAUCACAGAGCCUACAUCCAACAUCUCCUCUCGGCAAAAGAAAUGCUAGGCUGGAUCCUCCUCCAAAUUCACAAUCACCACAUCAUGGACCUCUUCUUCGCUUCUAUCCGAGACAGCAUCGUGAAUGACACGUUCGAUCACGACGUCCAGGCUUUCGAGCGAAAGUACGAGAGCAAAUUACCGGCGAAGACGGGUCAGGGACCUAGGGUGAGAGGGUAUCAGUAUAAGUCUGAGGGACCGGGCGAGGCGAAGAAGAAUCCCAAUUCUUUUCGU